AUGAAGUACAUCGUGGGCAUCGGAGGCAUGACCAACGGUGGCAAGACCACACUGACCAACAGCCUCCUCAACGCGCUGCCCAACUGCUGUGUGAUCCACCAGGAUGACUUUUUCAAGCCCCAAGACCAAAUCCCAGUUGGGGAGGACGGCUUCAAGCAGUGGGAUGUGCUGGAGUCCCUGGACAUGGAGGCCAUGCUGAGCACCGUGCAGGCCUGGGCGAGCAACCCCCAGAAGUUCGCCCGCGCUCACGGCGUCAGCGUCCAGCCGGACACCUCGGACACCCACAUCCUCAUUCUGGAAGGCUUCCUGCUAUAUAGCUACAAGCCCCUGGUGGACUUGUACAGCCGACGGUACUUCCUGACCAUUCCCUACGAGGAGUGCAAGCAGAGGAGAAGUACUCGCAGCUACAUGGUCCCCGAUCCUCCAGGCCUCUUCGACGGCCAUGUGUGGCCCAUGUACCUGAAGUACAAGCGGCAGAUGGAGGCCGACGGCGUGGACGUGGUGUACCUGGACGGCACGCGGCCCCGUGAGGAGCUUUUCCACCAGGUCCUGGAGGACAUCCAGAACUCCAUCCUGAACCGCACGUAG